AUGUCUUUGUCCCGGAUUCAGAGCCUCAGACUGGCAGCUGUACUGGAGGAUUGUUCAGACCAGUUGGACAUACUGGGACAUGCUCUGACAGUGCAGAUCAGCAGGGAGCGCAGUAGUGCCCCAGCACAGGAGGAAGCCAGGAUGAACAAGCUGAAACGAGACUCAGAGGCAAAGAGAGAGCUGGAGUUCAGGCAACAAAACAUACAGAGGCAAAAAGAGGAGCUCGAACAGAAAACUGAGACACUGAAGAAAAUCAGACACAGUACUUUGCCCUCUCCUCACGACAUGCAGCAGAUCAACAAAGAGCUGAGGCAUAAGCUGAAUGAGCAGCCAGCAAAGAUAGCAAAAAAGAAGAAGCUUGAGGAGAAGAACAAUCAACUGCAGUUGCAGAAAACACAAAAAGAGAUGGGCCAAGCUGAGAAGCUCCUGGAAGACCAGCUGGAGCUGCGGAAGAAACAGUUGAAGGAGGAGAUGAGAGUUCACGAGGAGUCAACCAAAUUUCUGCAGAAUCAACACGAGGAGUUGCAGCAGCUGCUGCAGCAUUGGCAGGAGCGCACAAAGCAGAUGCUGCAGGAGAAGGAGCAGCAGCUCAACAACGUGCGCUGCAAAAGAACUGUGAUUUUGGACAAACUGAUGGAGAUGAGGAGGAAGUACAGGGAGAUGGAGCAGGUGGUGGUGGAGGACAGGGAGGAGCAGGAGAAACUGCGCCAACAGGAAGCAGAAGCCAGAGCUGCUACCAAGAUGCAAGCCUGGUGGAGAGGCUGCAUGGUCCGCAAAGGUCUUGGCAGUUAUAAAAAGGCAGAGGAAGAGGAGCAGAAGUCCCACCAUUGCAAAACAGGAAAGCCCUCGACUGAGUAG